CCCUCCCAAGUGUAGGCCCCUGGGCUUCAGCCCUUUAAAGUCCAUGCGUUAAUGCGCCCCUGAUCAGUGCUGUUGUAGUUUACACUCGGUCAGAAGCGAGAUCAACAUGAGGAUGAAUACAUUCUUUUUGGGGGUUUUAUUACUCGUCAAUGGUGUGUUUGGUGUUGAUGCAGAUGAAGUGUCAGUAUCAGUGAUGGUGGGAGAUUCAGUCACUCUACAUACUGAUAUUACUGAAGUACCGGGGAAUAGUAAGAUAAUAUGGAAGUUUGGUGAUGAAAUCAUUGCUAGAAUGAAAGAAGCAGAUGGAAAUCCCUCUACAUAUGAUGGCCCCGGUGCGUUAUUCAAAGACAGACUGAAGCUGGACAAACAGACUGGAUCUCUGACCAUCGCAAACAUCAGAACUGAACACAUUGGACGUUAUAGUGUAGACAUCAAGAGCACAGAUGCAAAACUGAAGACAUUUCAAGUUACUGUUUAUGUUGGUGUGAAGACAGUAUCAGUGAUGGAGAGAGAUCCUGUCAAUCUAGAUACUGGUGUUCUUGAAAUACAGGGAUAUGAUCUGAUACUGUGGAAGACUGAAGGUAAUAUUGUGGCUGAAGUCAAUAAAGGUACCAAUCUGUUUGGACCUAAAGAAUUAGAUGAUUUGAGAUUCAGUGGCAGACUACAUCUUCAUCAUGAAACUGGAGAUCUCACCAUCAGUGACUCCAAAACCACAGACUCUGGAUAUUAUCAUCUACACAUGAGCAACAGUGAAUACACCUUACAGAGGACCAUCAGACUUAUUGUCAAGACUCCACCUCAGUCAGGUGCUCCUUCAGGGAUAUGUGGUGCUCAUGUUGGGCUGCUAGUUUGGGCUGUAACUGUGUUUUUUGCUGCAAGAUCUGUAGACAACGAAAUCAAAGGUAGCAUGAGGUACCCCCUCCUCCGCCCAAAGUCGUCUUCAAUGAAACCAUCUACAGAGUCAAAGAGAUUGUUGGGAGAUGCCCAUGGGGGAGGGGGUAAUGUCAUGGAAUCACCUGCCUCACCAGCCAAAACAGCCUCCUACACCCGCUCACAAUCACCUGAUUAUUAAUCACAGAGACCUGCAUCCACUGACCACACCAUUCAAAACACACUCACCUCAGUCACUCGUCGACUGGUCUCAAGGUUACAAGCUUCUCAGCGCAGGUCCCUUGCCUACCUGUCAGCCUGCUAUCUAUUGAAGGACAAGAAGUUUCAGUUCAGAUUAGACUGUUUUCUCUGCUUCUGUUGAUCCCCUCAGUUUGAUUCUCCUAUGUUGGAAGCUUCUCCUUAGUUGUCUUAAUAAAUUUACCUGCUUGCUUGAAUCUGCCUGUUUGCCUCUGUAACCCCUCUCUCCCGGGUCCUCAGCACCUGGGCCUCGAACCCGGGUCUCCGACAAGGGAGGCGGACGCACUAACAAGGAGGCUAAAUGACUGCAGCCACUAGCAGCAGUUGCUAGUGCGUCUCUUGAGAUCUGGGGAGUGAGGUUUACCUGCACAGCUCCAACUGACUGGCCUCCGUUACACCUCCUUGAGUAGUUUGAAACAUUUGUUUACUUUAUACAUUGUUUGUAUUGUUUUAUUGUAUUUAAAUGUUCAGUUCUUCUUGUUGUAAGAAAAAAGUUAUGUUACAACACUUUUUGCAACUUAUUUCAAUAUUGUGAUCAGCUUC